AUGAACCAUAACCACAACCACACCCAACCUCGAACCGCCCCAACAACUCCCCAACGCCAAAAACAAUCCUUCGCCGACUACAUCAAAGCCCUAAACAAAGAAUUCGCCCUCGAAAUCCCCGUUCCGGGCAUUGAAUCCCCCUCCGCAAGAGAAGGGAAUACAACACCCCCAUGGCAAAUCUACAAACGGCUCCGUCCGCUUUUUUACAAAGGCUGUGCGAAUGGGUUGCUAGUCGAUUUGAGGGAAUGGGUUGCUGGCCAAGCAUCACCGGCACCGGCAUCGGCGGGGGAGGGAUUGGAUAUGGAUAUGUGCAACGGAGAGGCCAGGAUAAUCCAAGCCCAAGAAACAACGCACGGAUGA